UUGAGGCAGGUGAGUGUGGAUGUGAAACACGGAGAAGGAGCAGGCAACCACACCAACAGCCCACCUGCGCUCAGCUCUGUCUGCACUGGCUCCUGAGAGGAGAACAUUACAUUAUCAAGAGGACUGCUGACAGCCCUGAGCCGAUAAUGCAUUUGAGUCCUUAAGGAGACAAAGUGAUGAGAAGAUAAAAGUGGAAUCAUUGGAAGAGGAAUACACUGCAUUGGAGCUCACGUUAUCAGAACAGCGAGUCUGCGAGAAGAAAUCACAUUCCUGUAAAAUGGAGCCCAGCCCUGUGGUGUGGCACACGCAGGUGGUCCCCCGAGACUUUGACCUCGAAAGGGCGAGUUCUCAACCCGAGUGCUCCAUCUGCUUUAACAUCUACGACAACGUCUUCAAAACACCAAAACAGCUGGAUUGCACCCACACUUUCUGCCUAGAGUGCAUUUCCCGCAUCAUGGCCACCUCCAUGGACCCCCAAAACUCGCAAAUCUCCUGUCCCUUUUGCCGCCAUCACACUGUCAUUCCUAAAAAAGGGCCGCCGGCGCUGACCACGAGCCAGGAGGUACUGUGCCGUCUGCCCGUCCACCAGCAACAUGAGGAGUCGGUAUGGCUGGAUGGAGAGAGGCUGUGCUACCAGCAGCCCAUAGGUAAACCCGGCAUGCAGGCUUUCUGUAUCUGCCUCGAUAUUGGUGCCAACGGACAAGGUGGCGUUUCGUCUCCCCAGACUCGACCGAGACUUGGGUUUUUUGAGCGGCUGAUGGACUGGAAGCGGCUGUUGCUCUUUAUUUUUCUUAUGGUACUGCUCAUGGUCAUCAUUCUGUGGCCUCUGCAGUGCAUUGUCACGACCGGUUCUAUGCGUUGUGCUCCCCAGCACUUGCGGCCAUCUACUACCACAACAACAGUCUCUACCACAACAAUGACCACCACGACUACAACACCGAAUUAGACAUGAGCAUUGCUUUUGCAUUAGACUUGCAUCCGGAUUUGCAGUGAUGUUUACAUCCAUACUUUUGCAAAGCCUGUUGGAUGCUAAGGGAGUUACGAUGCGGUUACAUGACUUUGUGCUUCAUUCACUUUUAUUCAAGUGUUCAUUUGCUGCAUACCAAAGUUUGUGAACCAACAUUUGAAUCCUAAAAGUUGUAUUAGUCAGGAAUAAGUAUUUUACGCACAUGUGGGGUUCUUGAAGUCUAGCCGAACAUCUGACAGCUGCAUGACUAUUUGCCUACACUGAUCAAAACAGCUCGUUUAUGAAAAUGCAUUAAAAAUACAUAAAAAAUUAAUGAGAUCACAUACACCUACAUUUGUAAAUGCAUUAUUUAAACUGUUUUUUUUUCAAACAGAAUUUUCUACUUUUUGUAAAUUUGUAUAUAUUUUGACUGUAUUCCAUGAAAUGUAUUUUUUGUUGUCAUUUUAUCUAUAAAAUAAAUGCACAUGC